CCUCAUUCCCCGCCUGAAUCUCAGCCAAAUCUGAGACAUCGAACCGUUUCGACAACAGCCUUGCAACAGCCUCAGAGGUCUUUAAGGCCGCCUAUUGCUGAGUGUGAAGCUUGAAGCUUGAAGGUGUACCACCACAACGACACGUCAGAAUGGUCCUCAUGUAUAUUGCAACGUCCCUCGCAGUCAGCAUAGCUGCUGUUGCCGCGCAAGGUGGAGGAUUCGUCAAUCCAACGACCCAAAACGGCAGCUUUUUCCUCACAGCGAAUGAUGGCCUUGGAGAACCGCUUAACGUUGUAAUAUCAGGCCUAAGCUCUCCAGAAGUCUUAACGGAUAAUGGGUUUCUCAACUUCGCCCGUGCCGUAGGCCUCACUCAAGACUGCUCUAUAUUCCCUGCCGGAACUCCGUUCACGGCCAACCUCGGCGACGGUGGCGGCCCCCAGAAUCAGACCAUGGAGCUUCGCGAGGAUUUUGGCGAUCCCUUGUUCGGAUCUUGCCUUGAAGUGUUUAUGGGAGGCGUCCACCUGCGCGUCUUCCGGCAGAGUGGCCCGCUAGCCAAUACGAGUGCUCUCUUCCUAGCGGUUUCUAACGAAGAAGACCUGUUCCAUAACCAUACGAUCGCCCAAAAUGGCUAUGAUACGGGCCGGGAUCUGUUCGCUAACACGGCAGCUGGGAUAACGCAAUUCAACGGGACCUCGUACAAUACUACUGUGCAGAAUCUGAUAGGCGUCAUGCCAGUCGGCAGCCAGGGUGUGAACCAUGGGAUUCCUGUCGACGGGAACGCAACCUUACUCACAGUUACCAUAGUGUAAUACUGGGCGCUAUGAUUACACCUGGCGGAGGCUACCACGAUAUCAUUUAUUAUCAGAUCUUAACGAUGACCAGCAGCUUUAAUACUCCUUGAGGUCCUGAGACCAAGCCUCGGAUGCGGCAACGUCCUUCUGCAGAAGCUUCAACUGAGACUUCACUGUGUCAAUGGCGUCCUGCCCGAGGACAAUCCUGAGCGGAGGUUGAGACAGCUCGGAGAUCUCGUAAAUCCUCGCGACUGCCUUGUUCACGUCACCGCCCUUGAAGUCCGGGGCAAGUGAAGCUUCGAACGCAUUCCAG